AUGUCCUAUUCAACCAGACACGAUACUGCACCCUCCGCAUUCUCAACCCCGGCAUCGACCACUCUCUUCCGACGUCUGGCUUGGGAGGGAACAGUACCGCUCGAAAUUCAUGUCGAUCCGGCAGAAUUACCCGCGAACAGCGAUCGCGGACUGGAAUGCUACUUCAUCCAGGCGCCACGCGUGAGCUACCUUCCGCUGCUCGUUCCGGAGAUCAAGCGGUUCCUUGUGGAUAUUGUAUUCGAUAGCGUAGGUGCGAAGGCAAUCAAGGAGGAAGACUGGUGGUUUGAAACGGAAGACAGGGUAUUGAUGCGAUGGCAUUGGUCAAUUGGUCUAUUAUAUGACUUUCAUACUGUCUCAUCGUCUAUAAGGAGACGCAAUAAUGACCAGCAGCUAACACCAUUGCGUUUGAUAUUGCACCUCGCUGCGCCCCCAACCGACAAACUCCUUCUUUCUCCAAGUAUAGAAGCAUGUAAACAAGCAUUUAUGGGACAGCUCAAGGAAGCUGAUUUCUUGAGAUGGGGCAAUACAAAGAGGAUGACGGGCCUUCGUCAAGCUGAGCAAGAUGGCAUUUGGGAAGGUAUACGAGAGCAUAACUUUGACGAGUACUGGAAGAUUGCGUCCAGGAUCACUCCGACGACGACACCUGUUCGAACUACCUCUCCUCCACCUUCGUCCGUGUCAUUACAUACUAGACCACCCUCAGCAGACACACCAGGCGCUCCGGACAAGGAUGGGGCGUAUAGCGUUCGCAGUGUUCCGAUCCGAAUAUAUCUUCCAGACGGUCCGGUACUGCAAGAUGUAGCUUCGCCUUCACUUGAAUCUGGGGUAUACAAUACUUUGGGGAAAUUCCUUAAUACGCAUCUUCCUCUGCUGUUCCCAAAUUCUAAUCGAGUACUUGCGUACCCUAUUGUGCAAGGUGUUGUGUGUCCGUUGGAUGCUGAGGUUGCAUGGUUAGGAGCAUGCAUGGCGGGAGCGGAUGGAUGGGUGAACGUUAUGGUCGGUGUUGUGUAGAUUACAGUGUUGUUUUAUAUGGUAUUUUG